GAAAAACAAAGUAAUAUAGCUAUUUCAAUUACUUUGGAAGUAACAAUUUAUACAUACUCUACUCUACUCGUUCUACAAAAUACAUAUACAUAUUUUUUGAAGUUGAUAUAUUCAAUUAAAAGUUACUGGAUGAAACGUAUAAAUAAGAAAAAGAGUAAAUAAAUUUUCUCGUACCUAAAGAGAAAGUUGUUUUAUAUAGAAAAGUGAAUUCCUAGAAUGAAAUCUUUACUGACUUUUACGAACAUUAAUUAGAAAUGUGGGACUCUAGACCAAUGACAGACAAUGUUUUGCUUAAUGUCACUAUGGUUACCACACUUGCUGCCAUUCUAUGCUGUAGUCAGUUUGGUCUAGACCAAGUGUACAAAAUCUUCUAUCUAAUUAGGAAUUGUCUGUAACUAUUUGACCACUGUUUAAAAUUGUUCCAACUGUCGUAUAACAUGACCACCAAAGAAGACAGUGCUUGGGUAUUUGAUUCUUUAGUAGGAUUCUUACAAGGUCCUAUAUGGUCAGCACCAUUGCUGACAUUCAUCGAAGAAAAAUCAUUAAUUUUCGAAGCAGGUACAAUGGAUGGUCCAGAAUAUCGCGAAGUAUAUCAGGAUUACAAAAAUCUGGUGGAUUUACUUCUUAGAUGCUAUAUGGAAGAUAUGGGAAUAACUCCUGAACAAUUUGAACAUGCUUGCAGUGUUAAUAAGAAUACAAAAAUGCCAGUUCCCUUCAAUCAGAGUCUAUUUGAACAAAUAUGGGCUGCAAAUGAAUAUGAAAUAUUUAAAAGAAUGAUGAUUCAAAAAAAUUUGGAACUUCAACUGCAAGCAUUGAACUUGAUUGAACAGACAUAUGGAUUAACUCCAGCAUCUUUAACGUACGAACCAAAUUCAACUCAAGACGAUGAACUUGUAAUGGAAGAAUUGCUGCGUGAACGUGCCUUGGAAGAUCAUGUCGAAACUAGUUCAGACUUAGAGGUAGAAACUGUGUUUCUCAAGGAACAUGAACGUCUGACUAACGAGUACCGGAAUGAAAAGGCAUUACUUGAACAAGCUAUACGUAUAUCAACAGAAACUCCCAAAAAUAUACCUCCAGUCUUAGAACAUGAAACGCAAACUACAUCAAGUGAAACAGACUCCGUUCCAAAUGUAACAAUUCCAGAAAUGACGCCGGAACCCCUUGACUCAACUGCUGGCAAGAAAAAAAUUAAUAAUACUGCAAAUGAGGAAGAAAUAAGAAAAAGGCAAGUUUACUUGAAAGCACGGCGAGAUAAGUUGGUAGCAUUAAAAAAGCAAGCUCGAAGUCAGCGUUUAGGAGAAACGACUGGCGACCGGCCUAGUUCUGCGAGAGUUGUUGCCGAAGCAACUGUCAAUGGAAAACAAGAUUUAGAAGUGCCUCAAUCAAUGGAACCUUCUACUUUACAAGUUCGGAAGGCACUUGCAGCACGCCUAAAGGCUGAAGUCGUACGCAAAUAGUUUUGCAUAAAAUAAUGGGACUUACUGUUAUUACUACGGAUUUAUUAAUAUAUUAAUGAUCUUUUAUGUAACACUUAACCAAACAAUUUAACAUUUUUACUUUGAAAUAAUUUUGAAUAACAAGGCUGGACAAAUUCCUUGAAUUUAUUCAUCCUUUGAACAGGUGCUAUUAUUUGCUAUUACCUAUUUAAAUAAUGUAUUAAAGUUGUGUUUUUAUUCUAACAAUUUAAGGGUUUAAUUGGUAUAACUGUGAAGUUAUUUUAAUUGAUAAUUGAUUGACAGGAUUAAAUCCCCACUUAUAGACACAAGCAUGCAAUAUUAAAUUGUUCGCUUGUCUCAGUUAUCGAAAUAUUGAUAUAUCAACUAUAAAGGCAAAGGUUUAGAGUGAAACUUGAUCAAUUCUUGGUUCUAAAAUUGAAUCUUGAUUAUAAUUACAGGAUAAGUUUUGAAAAUAUACCAGUAUAAUAAUGUGUAUAUAGAUGUACCAAAAAUAUAAUAUAUAAACCACUUUUGCGUAUUACAUCAUAAGCCAACGUAAAAAGUGUAAACGUGCGCACUUGGUGGGAAAAAUAAAUAUCUAUUAUACACAG